GACUGCAAGGCGAUAUUGCAGCCGGUCUCCAAGGCGAUAUUACAGCCGGUCUCCAAGGCGAUAUUACAGCCGGUCUCCAAGGCGAUGUAGCAGUCGAGACUCGUGUUACAGCCGUAAGUCAAGCUCAAGAUAUUAUUCUCGCGGCAGAUCAAACUGCCGUGGCCAAGGCGAUGUGUCACGGCGCAGACGCAGCAGGACUACGCCUCAACGCAGCCCCAGUCUACACUCGCGACGUGACGAGAUGCAACAAGAACAACGAACACGUAAUGGUGAACCACAGCAACAUGUCCAUGAGUCAUAUACAUCACAAACUGACCAUCAGGCCCUGUCAAAACCUACUGAAUUAGCUACUAUAUUUAAAGAGUUUAUGCAAACCAUGAAGCACACAGCGCGAGUGAGUGAACAAUUUCCAAGUAUGAACGUUGUACCAGAAUUCGAUCCGGUCAAACGCAAUCAAACCAUUGAAAUGUGGCUUUUAAAAGUCAAUGAAUGUGCGACGAUUUAUAACUGGUCUGAGCGACAAGUUAUACAUUAUGCGUUGCCCAAAUUAUCUGGAUUGGCUCAAAAGUGGUAUCAGGGGUUGCCAAGUCUCAUGUUUUCAUGGCCUGAAUGGCAAGAUAAGUUAAGAUUAGCUUUUCCUAGUGAAGACAAUUAUGCACAACUACUGACGGAAAUGCUCGCUUGCAGAGCGCGUUUUGGCGAACCUUUAGAGGAAUAUUUUUUUGAAAAAACUGUUCUUUUAAAUAGAUGCAAAAUAACUAACAAAAAUGCAAUUGAUUGUAUUUUGUUUGGGAUAGAGGAUCGAUCCAUUAGAACCAGUGCUGAAGCGGCACAAUUUUCUGAACCAGAUAAAUUAUUAGUUUAUCUAAGAAAUGUUAAAAUUUUAAAAAGAACUGAGAAGAAUAAUAACGCCUUGAAAUCAGGUGCUACUGACAAUAAGCGACAGAGAACAAAUAAGUUCAUUCAAAUGAGAUCAGAAUCUACAAACAAUUCAAAAUGUUAUAUCUGUAGUGAAAUUGGUCAUCCAUAUUACAAGUGUAAGCAACCCAUUAAGCGAUGCAGUCAAUGCCAUAAAAUUGGACAUCUUGAAGCAAAUUGUCCUCUUAAGAAGGAAUCUAGCGAUGCUAAGACUGUUUUACGGAUAUCCCAGGAACGAGAUACAGAUCUAAAAUAUUUUAAAAAGGCCAAUGUUAAUGGCCGUGAACUAGAUUGUUUUGUUGACUUUGGUAGUCAAUGCACUAUAUUAACGGAGUCUGUGGCGAAAGAACUAGCUAUUAGUUGGUCAACACAGGACCUGCCUGUGUUGAGGGGUUUUGGUGAUUCUUUGGUUAACAGUUUGGGAAAAUGUAACGUUCAAAUUGAGGUAGAUUCAGCUAAGGCUAAUGUAGAUGUCCUUAUCGUUCCUGAUUAUUUAUUAAAGGUCCCAUUAUUGUUAGGACAAAGUUUCACCGAACAAAACCAUAUUUUGGUUUAUAAGACUAACGAUAACUUAAAAAUAACUACUACUUUGGCUAAAGACCACAUUUUUCUUUGUAAUUCUGAACUAGUCACCAUCAACGGACUCUCGGAAGUAAAAAUGAAAGCAUCCAUGCCGAAUUAUAAUGGCGAUGUAUAUAUCGAGCAAAGCAUAUGUCAUAAACCUCAAAAGGAGUAUGAAAUUGUUCAAAGUGCAGUAAGGAUAACGUUUCUUCGGUGAAUAUGAAGGAAAAAGUUUAACUUACGCUAGUUUCCACUCACACCGCAAGUACGGGGUGGCUUUGGUAGGAGUUCGUCCAGCCGAAUUACCAGAAUUCUAUGAAGAAACAAUACUUUUGAACCCGGGACCGAGACACAUAAUGAAAGCGAGCGACACGUGCUAUUACAUGAGCAUAACAAAAGAAGAGAAUUCCGCUUUCGUAGUUUCCGAUCAACAAACCGAAAGCAAACCGUUGAUAACAAAAGAUCAAACUGCAUGUAGCCUCCUCUCUAGCGAAGGAAGAAGAAAGGGCGGAGACGGCGAGGAGGCCGCGGCCCAGCCCAGAACAGCAGACGGUAGUAACAUGGCUCAAUCAGCCCUUCCACAAGUGGUUCUACAAGCUCCCGCGACCUCCCCACCAAAUGCAUCGCCAUCACGCAUCAAUACUGUAUCAUCCGCUAAUUUAACUGUUGCUAGCUGUGAGUGCCACGGUCGGAUACUGUGCAAGUAGGCCGGAUACGGAUGCCGGAAUGCAAUACGGCUGGCAUUCGACCUACUUACUAGACUUUAUUUUACUCAGGUUGCUCGAUGUCAUCAAAAUUGCGGCUACUGCGCACUAGAAACUAAUAAAAACAUAAUUGGCACAGCAGACAAAGAGCAGCUCACUCACCGUAUAUGUUGCAAAUUGCGGAUGCAAGGAAUUAAUACCAAGUUACCAGACCGGCUCAGUGAUGCUAACUUCAACAGAAUGUUCCUAGAACCAACUUCAAAUAACCCUAAAUGUUGAUUAAAACCCUUCAAAAUUUUAAUUGUACACU